AUGGAGGUGCCCAACCCGCGCCGCGUCCUGGCUGUGAGCCUCGAGAGUCAGGCCGCGCACCUGAGCGCCUUCAUGAAAGAGCUUACCGGCCAAAUACCAUCGCCCGCGGGACCCGAGUCGUCUCUCGCCGGCACCACCCACGAUCUAUCACUCACGACACGCUACUACCGUGCCACCGUGCCGGUGUGGCUGGACCUUGUGGCUGCGGCCGCGCAAGAUGAAGGGAAAGGGGCCGAUGCGGCGGCUGCACAGGUCCUCGAUCCAGCCGAAUCCAGGACCACGGCGGCGGCCGACUGGGCGGCCAGCUUCCUUUCCGAGGAGGCGCGCGAGGUGCUCGCCGUGCUGGGCGCCGUGGUCAUCGUGUUUGCGGUGCCGCCACUGCGGGCGCCGGCGGCCACAACAGCCGCAUCACCAGAGACUGCAACGACAACCACAGAACCGACAAAGGCAGGGGCGACUUCGGGCAAGGAACGGGAAGAGAGAGGGCCAUCACCAAAUGAACUCGGCUCGGCCGGCCCGGACGCCGCGCAGCAGGUCAAGGAGCUCAUCCACCACGUCGGCCGCGUGCUAGGCGAUGGCCUUGGCGGGUGGGAAUGGGACGGCGUGCGUAUCGCCGUCGGCGUGGGCGGGCCGUCACCUGCGACUGGAGGUGGCAUCGACGACGGUUACGGCGCGGCGGGCGAGUGGGACGAGGUGUGCGCCGACGCGGGCAUGGAGUUUGUCCACGUCCCAUCAUGGGCGGCGGCGUCCGCACCGGGCGACCGGAACGAGUUUGGAGAAAAGUCGGGCAUGGAGCGCGUGCGCGAGGCCCUCGAGGCCAACGACUGGGAGGGCGACGGCGACGGGACAGGCGGCAUGGACGAAUUCGGCGCGUUUGAGGGCAGUGGCGGCGGCGCCGGAGCCGACGACGACGAGGCCGACGAAGCCGCGCUGGACCCCGAGAACCUGGACUUUGGAUUCGACCGAGCCGAUUUUGAGGGGCUGAAGAGGGCCAUCUGGAGCACCGGGGGAGAGCAUGGCGAGGAGGAGGAGGAGGAGGAGGAGGAGGCGGUGGUAGCGGCGGCGGAUGACACGAGUGCGCAAACGAAAGACGGCCGAGCGCAAGCAAGUCUGCCACUGCCAGGGCAGGAUACGGAGGUGGACGCGGAUGAGAGGGAGGCGCUUGACGAUGACGAUGUGGCCAGGAUGGAGCGUAUGAUGCGCAAACUCCAGGCGGCGCGCGAGGCCGGCCAAGGCAUGAAUGAAUCGCAGCGCAAAAAGAUGGCGGCGCGCGCUGUCGCCGAGGUCAUGCGUGACCUGUGA